AUGGUGGAGGAUAGGGGCAAUGUAAAGAUCACGAGUAUUUUGGAGUUGUUCAAUACAAAACCGGACAGACUUGAGUCUUCCAGAGAGUAUUUCGAUAGACUGAAAGGGUAUGGUUCGGGGCUCAAUCCUGAAUUUUUGUCGGUGCAUUUUAUCUUGAAUUGUCGUAAUGAAAAGCUAAAAACAAGAAGAGAGGAUAGAACCGAUUGGCAAGGCUUUUCGUCUUGGAAAGAGAACAAGCAGACUUUUAAGGCCAACACCAACAACAACAAUUACAACAACAACAGCAGCAACAACAACAACAACGGCAGCAGCAACAACAACAACGGCAGCAGCAACAACAACAACAGCUAUUACAACAAUUUCAAAAAGACGGAGAUGAUACAAACCCCUUAUAAUUUAAGGCCAAGAAAUAAAAUUAAUUUUAUUAAUGAUAUUAUGAUUGACCUUCAAGUUAAUAAUUAUGAUUUUUCUUUUAUGAUAGAUACUGGUUCUCCGGUGUCAUCCUUGCCCAUGAAAGAGUUUGAAAAGCUUACGAAGGAUGAAGUUGUUAAUACUAAAGAAAUAGGAGAUAGGGUUAAUUUUUUAACUUUUUAUAAUCCGUUAUCGCUUCGAAUAGGAAUCGGUUGA